AUUUGAUCAUCCACAAACAUGUCUCAAAAUAUUUUAAAAAGCAGCUUGGAAAAUGCUUCCUUCAAUAUUAUAUUUCAGAUAUUAGGCAGAGGAGUUACUUUUGUUUUAAAUGCCUUUGUUGUUCGGUAUGUGGGUCAAGCUGUCUUAGGAGUCAUAAAUGUGAGACUACUAUUAUUGGAAUCAAUGAUUUUAUUCCUAUCUCGAGAACCAUUCAUGAAAGCAUGUUUAACUAAUACAGCAGAGCAUAAUUGGGCUCAAGUUGUAAAUUUAUUAUGGCUAACGGUUCCUACAUGUUUCAUAAUGUCCCUAAUCUUUGGAUAUAUUUGGCUUUUUAUUUUAUCAACAUCUGAAGCAUUACCAUUGUAUUACACAUUUGCAGUUUGGGCAGUUGCUUUGUCUUGUAUAAUUGAAUUAUCAUCCUUAAUUGUUCAACUGGUUGCUAGUGCAUUUUUAUUUGUUAGAUUGAAAAUUAUACUUGAUACUAUCAUGAUUGCUAUUCGUACUAUAACAUUUGUUCCAUUGAUUCUUCGUAAUCCAGAGAAUGCAUUAUUAGCAUUUGGUGUAGCUCAACUAGUUGCAGCAAUAUUUUAUACUACUAGUCACUAUUUAUACUUUUAUUAUUAUAUUAAGAAAAUUAACAAGUGUAAGUUAAAAAGGAGAAUGUCAUUGAAAGACAGUAGUGAUGAAUAUGUUGUAAGAGAAUUUCCAUUUAAAACAAUAAUGGACUUUUUACCUGGGCAAUUAGCAAACAAAGAGUCAUAUAUAGAUAAAAAGUUGCUUAUUCUUACAUGGAGUUUUUUUACACAAGGAUUUUUAAAACAAGUUUUAACAGAAGGAGAAAGAUUAAUCAUGACAGUAAUGCCAGUAUUAACAUUUACUGAACAGGGAACAUAUGAAAUCAUAAAUAAUUUAGGUUCUUUAGCAGCAAGAUUUAUUUUCCGUCCAAUAGAAGAAAGUGGAUAUUUCUAUUUUACCCAAAUGAUAAAACGAGACAAACCACUGAAUGAUCAAAAUCCUGUAAAAAUACAAGAAAGUGUAAAUGUGUUAACACAUUUGUGUUCAGCUGUUAUGUCAAUUGGUUUAGUUAUUUUAGUGUUUGGACAAUCAUAUUCAAGCACAUUAUUAUGGUUAUAUGGUGGCAUUAAAUUAACUUUGCAUCUACCAGUUCUUUUAAUGCGAGCACAUUGUUUAGCUGUACUACUUUUGGGAAUAAAUGGAGUAACAGAAUGUUACACUAAUGCAACAGCUGAUAGUGCAACUAUAAACAAGAGUAACUUGAUUAUGAUUUAUGAAUCGAUCGUGUUUCUAAGUGCAUCCUAUUUGUUCGCUAUUUGGUUUGGUCCAGUUGGUUUCAUUCUUGGAAAUUGUGUGAAUAUGAGUUUAAGAAUUCUGCACUCUACUAUUCUUAUUAAUAAAAGAUACAAAGACACAAUGUACCGUCCAUUACAUGGAUUAGUGCCAAAGCCUAUGUUUUCUACUUCUCUUCUAGUAGCAGCAUUGGUCACCAAUGUAUCUCAUGCUUACCUUUUCCCAGAUGAAAAAGUAUUGCACUUAAUUAUCGGAGUAAUAAUGUUUAUGAUAGUACUCAUAUCCUGGAUAUACGAGCAUCAUGAUUUAAUUAGGCUUGGUACAAAUAAAUUUUAUGACAGGAGAAAUAGACACAAAAAAAGUGACUGA